AUGACAUGUGAUCACCCUGUCCCUCCAAAUCGGUACGAUGAGAGAGUGGAGGAGCAUCUAAGAUCAACUGGGUUUUACCAUGUUAGUCAGAUUGGAGUAGUUCAAUGCCAGAAAGCACUGGUAAAUGCUUUAGUGGAAAGGUGGCACCCGGACACACAUACCUUCCACCUUUCAGUUGGUGAAUGUGCCGUGUCACUGGAAGAAGUGGCUAUGAUCUUUGGUCUUCCAACCGAAGGCCUUCCAGUGACUGGCAUGGCUUUGAGUAGUUUUGAGGCAUUAGAGGCGGAGUGUACGAUCUUGUUUGGAGACAAGUCUGGGGCAUCUGUCCACUGGAAGUAUCUGCCUCUGCUGAGUGAUUUUGCUAGUAUUAGACAGUAUAGCUGGGGAUCAGCCUGCCUAGCACACCUGUACAGGAGUUUAUGCAGGGCCUCACGUUUUGAUUGUAAGGAAAUCGAUGGUCCACUGACACUUCUACUGUGUUGGGCAUGGAUGCGCCUACCAUAUCUAGCACCGGUUCCAAGGGAACCUCGCAGUUUUUCGCUUGCCAACAGGUGGCGAAACUGGGAGCGUGGAGAUCGAGUCUAUAGAUAUCAUAAGCUUGCUCAUUUUUGGAAGGCCUUGGAUGAACUCCAGGAAGGCCAGUUUUUGUGGGUUGCAUAUUCUGGUGAUCGUGUUGAUCCGGACAUAAUUCCUGCUAAGAUCUACAUGCACUCAUUGAUUUGGAGUGCAACGGUGCCACUGUGGACAAACAGGUAUAAUCAUGUUCUUACUGAUGAAACCAUGAUGCCGCAGCAGCCAUUAGAUACUUAUAUGUAUUGGUACCGUUCGAAGUAUGGUGAUCACUUGAACUUGUCGGAUCUUGCAGUCCAAUAG